GAGUCGCCGCGUUCGUCGUCUGCUUGGGCUCUACAGCAGCAGCAGCAGCAGCAGCAGCAGCAGCAGCGGCAACAGCAGCAACCGGACUUCGAGAAGGAGCUGGGGGGCAUCCUUGCCAAGAUGGCUGACGUAGUACUCACCGAGUACGACGCGGACAACGACGGCCUGCUGACGGAGAAGGAAUGGAGGGCCUACCUCAAGCAAGAGGAGGACUCCGUGAUCGCUUUCCUCGAUACCCUCAGCGAUAGCGUCGGAAACUUGCUCCUGCCACCCUGACAACCCCAUCUUGCUCUUGGGACUGUUCCCCUUGACAACGGGGUGGCUUAGAGAAAGGUAUCGCGCGUAGACAAAAGAGGUCGCUGUUUUGUUUCCGUGGCCGACUGUGUGUGGACACCACGUCGCUGUUGCACGAUAGAAUCCCGCCUCCAUGUGGUGUAUGCUCUUUCGCACUCCACACGUAGGCCAGACGGGAUUACCUUGGACGAUGUGUACGGCACUGACUCGGGAUAGACCGUUUCCGGGCCGCUUACCGUCGCUAGCUGUGAUGUGCCAGUUAGUUGUGUCUGUCAAGUCGACCGAGCGGGGGGGGGCUGGCUUUGCGACCUCUCUCCAACUUGGCCUGAUUUUGAUGCAGGUUCCCCAAAGUGAAGUCCGACCUUAAAGGAUGGUCGUAGACCAUAGCAGUAGACUAGUGCAUAAAUUGCCAACCUUGUAGAGAUGACAACAUAUUUUUGCUAAAAGAAGGAAGAGGGUAUGUAUUUUGCCUUGUGAUACGGGGAAGCACUGCUGUAUGUGGUAGCACUUUUACAUCUCGGUGCGUACCGACAUGGCCUGGCCGUGCUUUAACUAUGCAGACUAGAGAUGGAAUUGAAGAGGGCUGGACUAGGGAUGGAUGGAUCUGCACGAAUAAGGUGUUUGGCUCGAAUGGAGUAGGUCUGGAUACAAAGGCGACACUACAGCAGUAGAGAGGAAGGAUGAUUUUUGCCGAAAGAGAGGUCUCGACAAUGGACUACGGAUUUGGGAUAUGGACUUCUGGUGCGCGCAAUGCCCGGGUAGGUUU